AGACUUUGAUAAGAUCUGGCGUGAGCACUGUGAGGAUGAGGAAACUCUCUGUGAAUAUGCUGUGGCAAUGAAAAACCUUGCAGAUAAUCACUGGGCAAAAACUUGUGAAGGGGAAGGCCGAAUUGAAUGGUGUUGCAGUGUAUGCCGAGAAUAUUUUCAGAACGGUGGGAAAAGAAAAGCACUUGAGAAAGAUGAAAAAAGAGCACUUCUUACUUCCAAGACCACUCCAGCUUUAAAUGUUACCCAGGCUCCCAAGAUUGAUGAUCCCUUGCCAAACUUUGGCUUGACAAAUCAUGAAGCUAUAACAGAAGAAUUGCUCCACUCCUUGGGGAAGAUCAGAUUACUUGAUGUUGGUAGCUGCUUUAAUCCGUUUCUGAAGUUUGAAGAAUUUCUGACAGUUGGCAUAGAUAUUGUUCCAGCUGUUGAGAGCGUAUACAAAUGUGACUUCUUAAAUCUUCAAAUUCAGCAACCUCUCCAGCUGGCACAAGAUGCUAUAGAUGCCUUUCUCAAGCAACUGAAAAAUCCCAUUGAUUCUCUACCUGGAGAACUGUUCCAUGUCGUCGUUUUCUCACUCCUCCUUUCUUACUUUCCAUCACCCUAUCAACGAUGGAUAUGCUGCAAGAAGGCACAUGAACUUCUCGUAUUAAAUGGCUUAUUGCUUGUAAUAACUCCUGAUUCAUCUCAUCAGAAUCGCCGGGCUAUGAUGAUGAAAAGCUGGAAGAUUGCCAUAGAGUCCUUGGGUUUUAAACGCUUCAAGUAUUCCAAGUUUUCCCACAUGCACCUGAUGGCAUUUAGGAAAACUUCCCUGCAAACAACAAGUGACUUAGUUAGCAGGAACUACCCAGGAAUGUUGUAUAUCCCACAGGAUUUCAACAGUAUAGAGGAUGAGGAGUAUUCCAACCCUUCCUGCUAUGUUCGAUCAGAUACAGAAGAUGAACAGCUAGCUUACGGUUUUAUGGAGCUACCCGAUGCUCCUUAUGACUCAGACUCUGGAGAAAGCCAGUCUAGUUCAAUUCCUUUCUAUGAGCUAGAAGAUCCUAUAUUGCUUCUAAGUUAAUGUAGUCGUUGAAACGCCCUUUCAGUCCAACCUCUUGCUUAACUAAUUUUGCUAUACUAACAUGGGCUCAACACACAAAAACGGUUUGCAUAAAGAAAAUGCAAAGGUUUACAGAGUUUGCUAUUUUUUUCUACUUUUGAAUUUUAAAAUUUAUUCUUGUAUGAAAGUGGAAAAAAUACAAGUUUUAUGCAAAUGACUCAGUCAUAGCAUAAAUUGCUGUUACUUUCUUUAGAUUUGUAUCACUAAUUUUUUUCCAGAAAGGUACCAUUCUUUUCUUUAGUGCUGUGAAGUGUGAAUUCUAUUUAAUUUGCUAAAUGUUGUUUCUAUAUUUUAACUCAAUGUGGUUGAGCUUAAGGCACUGGAGUUGGUGGGCUUCUGAGAAGUAUAUGUAGGAAGAAAUAAUUUGCACUUUAAUUAAAUGUGCAGAUAGGUUAAGACACUUGGUUACACAUGUCCCUUAAUUAUGGAACAAAACUUUUAUCCAAAAUUUGUUUCACUCUGGUUAAGCCUGGGCUGGAGAAAAUAUAAUGCUUGCACAUUUGAUAUUAUGUUUAUUGCAGCCCUCUUGAGAUAACACCAAAUUGAGAUAACGCCGAAACACUGGAAUAUAUUCAUCCAUAGUUAUACAUACUGUGAAAUUUCAUUGCAUAAAUAGUAGUUAGACAUGAGAUUUCUGAAGGUUAUCCCCCCCCAGAGGAGUAUGGUACGUCUAGACAAUUAUGUUUCGCUUCAAAGCUGGAACAUGGUUUUGCAGUUUUAUGAGUGUGCAAGCACUAACAUAUAUCAGUAUUCCCCCAAUGAUGGUGUUCUGUAUUCUCUUCAAACUGUGUUUUUUGGGGGACAGGGUGGGUUUUGUCAUGUUUUAAAGUAAAUUAUUUAUGCAUUUUAAAAACAAACAACUUCUUCUUUAGUUGUCCUUACUUGUAGACCUCCCAAGUUAUACAGUAACUACAGACCGAUUUUGUAAAAAGGAAUAUAAUUAUACAAGUUUUUCAAGGAUACACAUAGUUGCACAAAAACCUGUAUUCAGACCACAUGAGUGAAGUUAAUAUACACUAUUUGUUUGCUUAUUUGGACCCAAAAAUCUUCUGUUUAGUUCAAUAAAAACUCCAUAGUUGUCUGAAAACUGGUCUGCACUGUAAGGAGAUGGAACAGAAGUGUUUUACAUCUGUUAAGUUUUUUAACUUGUGUAAUAAAUUUGUGAGUUUUUGCAGGAAAAAACAAUUCUGUUCAGUGGUAAAAAUAGAGGAUUCAGUAUUAGUUUUGCUUAGAUUUCCCUCCAUUUAAAAAUAACGGCCAGAAUUUUCAGAUUUGAACGUUAGGCUGUUAAAUCUAUAUGUAAGUGCCUAAUAAUAAAUGAUUUGAACUAGGUGCCACAUCAUGGUUUUAAGACUGACUUCAGCAACGUGGUAGAAAAUACUAAUCUAUAGUUUUACAGGUGGUUGUGAUGAAAAGUACCUUACACCAUAUUAACCUAUGAUGUUGUAUUUAUAAUACAGAAGUUACCAGAUAAACUGAAGUUGUAGUGUGGAUUUUACAGUGGUUGCUACAAAAAUGAAACUUAGCCUUCCACUGAAGUUUUGCACUGCAAGUGUCACAGUUUGACCUACCUGUUUUUCAUUUAUACCAUUUCCUACAAAGAGUCCUCCUGCAUUGGUCCUGCUUACACUCAAACAUGAACUGGACUGCAGUGCUUCAUUCUUUAACGUAAGCUUUUUGUGUCUCAAUUCUUAAAUUUAAAGCAUCCCCUAAUACUUGAUUCGAAUUUGUUAUUUAAUCUGAAUGAUAGUUAUAUACAAACCAAGCAAUUAUAUUCUGAUGUGUUAAAAAAAAAAUUAAAUUUAGACAUACAAGUAUCAUGGUUGACUUUUAAAUUUUUUUUACAGAGACUACUUCUCUAAUGAAAUACACAAUGGCUUCAAAAUUGGCUGUAAGUCAGUAUGUGCAUCUAAUGAUUUACCACUUCACUUUCACCAAAAUGUUUGUCAUUCAAAGCCUUUCUUCUUCCCAGUUAACCACUGACUCCAGCAGUGUUCAUGUUAAAGCUAAAAUAUUGGUGCUAUAAAUUCAACUGUUCAUGGAAACUUAUUCUGUGCAUACUUCAAAGUGUACCUAACAUUUUAACUGAUACUCUUUUUAAAAGAAGUUAUAUACCAGCUAACAUAUAUGUGGGCAUUGGUUAAUGUAAAAUGGUUUGUGAUUCAUACAAAAAAGCAAUUCAGACCAAGAUUUAUCCCCCCAAAAUAGUUUAAAAUAUUAACAUUUAAAAUUUAAGCCUUUUGGCUGGUUGGUGACACCAUUGUAUUUGUGGUUUAGGGACCUGAGAUUCAUAACAGCUUGGUUUUCUUGCUGCUCAUUCUAAAUACCUGAAGUGUUCUUUUUUUUAAUUUUUUUUUUUUACAAGGGACAGUAGAUUGUGGUGCAGGAGGGAAGUGGGAUUUACAUAAAUACUUAUACCUCUCUGAACAAUAAAGUGAUAUCAGGAGUUGGAUAUUUGGCUUUGGUGCAAGAAGAAUGUUUCUAGGGUAUGAAAUAUUUGAAAAUUAUGACUGCAAGAGAUCUCUCUUAAGGUGCUGGAGAAGAAAAGGAAAAAAUGUGUAUUUGCAUUUCUGUUGUCUUUAUGUCACUACUUUUUGUGAACAAAGCACA